AUGCUAUUUCAACUUCUCAGAGUGAAAAUAAUGCUUAAUAAAAUUAUUGAGACAUAUGAGCCACCAGAUUUGUUGGAUGUUAUGACAUUGAUUGCCAAACAUUAUAAUCAAGACUUGAAAAAUGUUAUAGUCAUUUUGGUUGUUGAUGGCAUGCAACAACUUAUGGUGAACAAAGAUGACGAUUUAAG